UUUGCUGCUCGAUUUUCCAAGGGUUAAGAUGAACGGAGCUCCCGUUGCUAGAGAGGAAAGCCAUCGGGGGAGGAGUUUCCCUCCGUCUCCCACUCCUUUUCCUGCCCGGCUCCUCACGUGGAGGGAAGCGGCUGAUCUGCACCCCCCCGGUGCCCCCUCCCGGCGCUGCAUCCGAGGCCAGAUCCGAUUAAUACACUGUCUUCAAGUCGGGGCAACACAUGAAAAAUCAGAUCCUGGACCUGGUGAUUUUGGAGCAGUUCCUGGCUGUCCUUCAGCGGAGAUGGAGAGCUGGGUCAGAGAAUGUGGAGCAGAGUCCAGUUCCCAGAUGGGGGCCUUGACUAAAAGUUUCCUCCUGAGUCAGGCAGAGCAGCAGCUCCAGGAUCUGUUUGCAGAAGUGGCCACAGAUUUCCACAGAGUAGGGAAGCUUCCCUCAGACGCCAGAGACAGUCACCUACACAGGCAGUCUGUGCCAGAGAGUGACUUAGGUGACACCUCACUGGGUGGUGGAAUAAUGCCAGCAACAACUCCUUGGGCGUCUUUUCUUCAUGGGGGAGCGGAAGAACCUGUACAAGCGACAUUUCAGGCCCAAAUUUAUUUUGAGGACGUGGCAGUGUAUUUCACAGCAGAGGAAUGGGCUCUGCUGGAUUCUGACCAGAGAGCUCUGCACAGAGAAGUCAUGGAGGAGAAUUAUCUUCUCGUCGCCUGUCUCGGUGACAGGGUGAUGCUGGCAAGACCCCCUCAGCCGUCCCUUCCUCGCGCUGGAGGGGAAGCAGUUGCUGUUGCAAACGAUCAGGGUCCGUGGUCCUUUGAGGCUGUGUCUGUGUAUUUCACUGAGGAGGAGUGGGCUCUCCUGGAUCCUGACCAGAGAGCUCUUCAUAGGGAUGUCAUGGAGGAGAAUUAUCGCCUUGUCACCUCUCUCAGCCACAGAUGGGAAGCCAGGAAUCCGGGAGAUGUAUGUUGGAUGUCGACAGGAAGGGACACACAUAGAAAUGAGGAACAACUGAGAAAGAAGACUGAAGCAGAUCAGAACAGGUGGAAUAUAUCCUCUGCUACUCAGGGCAGUGGCUACCCUGAAAUUGUGAUCAUAGAAGAAGAAAAAGUACCGGAAAAGGAUAAAUACUGUGUGUAUCCGAAAUUGGAAUGUGAAGCUCAUUGCCAAAUCCACACUGGGGAGAAACCAUAUCAGUGCAGAGAAUGCGGAAAGACAUUCAGUCAGAAGAUGUAUCUUACGACUCAUAAAAGAAUUCAUACAGGGGAGAAGCCGUAUAAGUGCUUGGAAUGUGGAAAGGGCUUCAGCCAGAAGAUACACCUAACUUUCCACCAAAGAAUUCAUACAGGGGAAAAACCAUACCAGUGCUUGGAAUGCGGGAAGAGCUUCAUCAGGAGUUCAAACCUCACUUUGCAUCAGAGAAUCCACACAGGGGAGAAGCCAUAUCAGUGCUUGGAAUGUGGGAAAAGUUUCAUUCGAAGCACAAACCUUACUUUGCACCAGAGAAUCCACACGGGCGAGAAGCCGUAUCAGUGUGUGGAAUGUGGAAAGAGCUUCAGCCAACGUUGUAGCCUUACUUCUCAUCAGAGAAUCCACACAGGGGAGAAACCGUUUGAGUGUCUGGAAUGUGGAAAGAGCUUCACGCAUAAGAUAAGUUUCACUUAUCAUCAAACGACUCACACAGGGGAGAAACCAUAUCAGUGUGUGGAAUGCGGGAAGAGCUUCAGUCAACGUUGCACCCUGACUUCUCACCAGAGAAUCCACAGGGUGGAGAAACCAUAUAAAUGCCUGGAAUGUGGAAAGGGCUUUACGUGGAAGAUAGGCCUCGCUGCUCAUCAAACAACUCAUACAGGGGAGAAACCAUAUCGGUGCUUAGAGUGUGGAAAGAGCUUCAGCCAUAAGGGGAGCCUCACCUAUCAUCAGAGAAUCCACACAGGGGAGAAGCCAUAUCAGUGCAUGGAAUGCGGGAAGAGCUUCAGUCACCGAUGCACCCUAACUUCUCAUCAGAGAAUCCACACAGGAGAGAAACCAUAUCAGUGCCUCGAAUGCGGAAAGAGCUUUAAAGAGAAGAGCAGGCUCACUUUUCACCGAAGGACUCACACUGGGGAGAAGCCGUACAAAUGCUUGGAAUGUGGAAAGGGCUUCACGCAGAAGAUAGGCCUCUCUGCUCACCAGACAGCUCAUACAGGGCAGAAACCGUAUACCUGCUUGGAAUGUGGAAACGGCUUCACGAGAAGAUCAAGCCUUAAUCUGCAUCAGAGAAGUCACAGUGGCGAGAAGCCAUAUCAAUGCCCCGAGUGUGGAAAAACCUUCACUAGACGGUCCGGCCUGAAUUUGCAUCAAAGAACUCACACGGCGGUGAAAUCGUAUAAGUGUUUAGAGUGUGGAAACAACUACAAUAAUAAGAUAAACCUCACGUAUCAUCAGAGAACUCACAGAAGCGAUUUGAAUAUGCAGCAAAAUCUUGUCUCCCACGUGAAACAGGAGUUCGAUUGUGAGGACCCACAUCGGACAUGCGCUGUACGGUGCCUUCAGCCAGCCCCUUGGCUUUGCCUUGAGAAAUUGGCAGGAGAGGAGAGAGCGGUUUACCUGGAAAACAGAUUGAAGAUGGAGAAUCCAGAAUCAGCUGGCUGUGAAGCAGGAAGAGGCCCUGGUGCCAUCCAGACUGGUGCCAGCGAGGGAUUAUGGGAAGGAACCACGCAGGAGAUCCUGGGCAAGGAGGUCGUCCUCAGCUCAGACGCUCAGCGCCAGUUCUUCAGGCGUUUCUGCUACCAGGAGGCCGAGGGACCCCGAGAGGUUUGCAGCCGACUCCACCAUCUUUGCCGUCGGUGGCUGAAGCCAGAGCGACACACCAAGGCUCAGAUCCUGGAUUUAGUGAUCCUGGAGCAGUUCCUGGCUGUCCUCCCCCCAGAGAUGGAGAACUGGGUCAGGGAAUGUGGAGCAGAGACCAGUUCCCAGGCGGUGGCCCUGGCCGAAGGUUUCCUCCUGAGUCAGGCAGAGGAGAAGAAGCAGGAAGAGCAGCAGGGUCUGUUUUCAGAAGUGGCUCCUGAUUUCCCUGACACAGUGAAGGCUCCGAUGGGUCCCAGAGAAAGAGAGACUGUCCAGGAGGGUCGUGGAGGUGCCACCUCACUGGGUGAAGGAAUGAUCCUGACAAGGCCUUCUCAGCCGUCUCUCCUUUAUUCCAGAGGGGAAGCAAUUGCUGCGACAACAAAUCAGGGUGCAGGAUCCACCUUUGAGGAGGUUGCUGUGUACUUCACAGGGGAGGAAUGGGCUGGGCUGGCUCCUCACCAGAAAGCGCUGCAUACAGAAGUCAUGCAGGAGAACGGCCAUCUUGUCGCCUCUCUCGCAGAAGACAUACAUGAAACCAUGGCGAAAACAGAACUACCCGGGUUGCCACCGGAACGAGGUACAUGUGAAGACUUGGAACAGCAGAGAAGGAAAACAGAAACAAAUCCGAAUGGCUGGAGUAAACCCUCUGCUUCUGAAGGCCGCAACUACCACGAGAUUGCAACAGAUGAAACAACAGAUGAAAUAAGAGAAACGAGCAAAUGUUGUGUGUAUUGGGAAUGUUUCAGUUCAGCUCCUCGCGCAGGUCAAAAAACAAACCAGUGCUUGGAAGGCAGAAAGUGCGUCGAUGAGACGAUAACUGCGAUUAAUCAGAUGAUUCACAAAGAGGGGAAACCAUUCCGGUGUGUGGAAUGUGGAAAGCGCUUCAGUCUGAGUUCCACCCUUGCUUCUCAUCAGAUAAUUCACAGAGCGGAGAAGCCGUACAGGUGCUUGCAGUGCGGAAAGGGCUUCAGCCAGAAGAUUCAUCUCACUUCCCAUCAAAGAACUCAUACAGGGGAGAAACCGUAUCAGUGCCCGGAAUGCGGGAAGAGCUUCAGCGAGAAGGCGAACCUCGCUUCCCAUCACCGGACGCACACAGGGGAGAAACCGUAUCAGUGCCCCGAAUGUGGGAAGUGCUUUAGGCUGAGCUCUACCUUGAGUUCCCAUCAAAGAAUUCACAGGGUGGAGAAGCCCCAUAAGUGCUUGGAAUGCGGGAAGGGUUUCAGCCAGAAGAUUCACCUCACAUCCCACCAGAGAAUUCACACAGGGGAGAAGCCCUACCAGUGCGUGGAAUGUGGGAAAAGCUUCAUUAGAUACUCCAGCCUGACAUCACACCAAAACAUCCACAAAGGGGAGAAGCCAUUUCGGUGCCCCCAAUGCGGGAAGAGCUUCAGUCAGAGUUCCACCCUUAGUUCUCAUCAGAGAAUCCACAGAGUGGAUAAGCCGUACAAAUGCUUGGAAUGUGGGAAGGGCUUCACUCAGAUGAUACACCUCACUUCCCACCAGAGGAUUCACACCGGGGAGAAGCCAUACCAAUGUUCAGAGUGCGGGAAGAGCUUCAUUCGAGGUUCGAACCUUAUUUCGCAUCAGAAAAUCCACACCGGGGAGAAACCCUAUCAGUGUUUGGAAUGCGGGAAGAGCUUCAGUCACAAGAUCAACCUCACUUCCCAUCAAAGGAUUCAUACGGGGGAAAGGCCCUAUCAGUGCUCAGAAUGUGGGAAGAGCUUCAGUCAGAAGAGCAACCUUACCUCUCAUCAGAGAAUUCACACACAGGAGAAACCGUACCAAUGCAUGGAAUGCGGAAAAAGCUUCAGCAGUAAGAUCAAUCUCGCCUAUCAUCAAAGAAUUCACAGCAGUGCUUGGAAUAUGCAGUAACUCUGAAUCAUGCGAGCCCACAUAUAAGUGUUUUCUCCACUGGAAAUGUCAAUGAGUAUUAUUUAUUUUUGUGAAAGGAUAAGAAAAGAGACAUACAUGUACAAAGUACAUAUUGCUGUCAAAUAUAAUGUCGCAGAUAACUCUAUGUCCUAGACAAUCUAAUAACAGGUAAAAAUUAAUCAGGCCCAUUUCUGGGGAAACCCAACUUUCUCAAGCUGAAUUUGAUUCAGCCUUCUCUGUUAAGCAGUCCAAACCCUUGACAGGAGAUACUGAACUGCCUUAUGUUGACUCAGCUAAGCUUCAAAGCUUCUCUCUGUUGUAAGCAAUGAAUCCUUAUAAUGUGUUAUGUUUUGUUCAGGGCCCAAUUCAAAUAAAUAAUUGUCUAGUCAAAAAGGAACAGCAUGACCUAGCCGAUAGCUGUAUGUUUAGAAAUGCCAUGACCUAGUGAAAUUAACAUCUUUGAGUGCCGUUUCUGAGUGGCAUGGCCAGAGGCACUUUGAACAACAGCAUUUAUAUUACAAUAAUCUAAAAGUGACCCGAGUAAAAACACCUGCAUGUUUCGAAUAAAACACUUGCAUGCUUAGAUUGAAACCUGCAUGUAUAUAACCUUGUUAUUAGAAUUAUUGCUUUCUUUUCAUCCAUUUAGGUAUCCUAUAAAAUUGGCAGUUUGAUCUGAAAUAUUGUUAUUAGCUAUUUGAUUUCUUACUUGCCUUUCACCAUAAGGUGGAUUCCAGCAAUUAAAAUGCUGUAUUAAAAACAGUUUAAAACCAAGUUAAAUUCACAGGAAUCGCAGGGACGGUUUCCUGAAAACCUGUAUCUCAAUUGUAAAAAGGAAAGAGGUGUGUUUUCAGCAUGUGACGUAAACUAUACAAGGAAUGUGUCCGACGCAGCUCUGUGAGGAGGGCUUUCCACAACCUAGGGGCUGCCAUAGAAAAUGGCCUCUUGCAGGUCAACCCCUCAUCUUCGAAAGGUGGUGGAACAGCCAAGAGGGGCCAUUCUGCUGAUCUUAACCCAAGAAGGUCUGUGGAGAAGGAGGCAAUUUCUCAGAUAUUUGGGGCCUAAGUCAAUUAGGGCUUUCAACGCUGUUAGAAGUGGGUCUGAGACCCUCAAAAUAAAAUCUGAACAAAAUUG